AUGGAAGCCAUGCUGGACAGUGGAUCGACCUGUAGUAUUAUGCCGUUUUGGAUUGCAGUGGAGGCGGGCCAGUUCAAGCCAACAAAUGAAGGAUUCAGCUAUGGUGGACUGUCUGAACAGAAGGUGGUCGGCAUCUUGCAUGACAUGGUGAUGACAUUUACGGACGAGCUUGAUGUGACGCACUCGUUCUUAGUGGCGGAAACCCCAGAGACACCGUUCCUGUUGGGGCAAGAUUUUAUCGUUGGUGCGUAUGCGAUACCAGAUCCAGUCCAAGAGUAUCUCGAGUUGAGGCAAAUCGAAGAUGAUGGAAAUGGGAGAUCAGAGCCCACUACCAUCGCACAUGAAUGGGCCUACAUUCAUGCCAACAAAGAAGAUGUCAAGACCAGCCGCGCAAAAGGGGACACAAAACGAAAGCGUGGUGCACAAAGUCGAUAUGAUCACGACACCAAAACCUGA